AUGGAACAAUAGAAAGGGUUAGCUAUAUUGAAUGCCUGCCAUAAAAAAAUUAUGACGAUUAUUACCAAUGCGAAAUUGUCAAAAUUCCACCUUAAUCCUGAUUUUGCUUUGAAUAACUUAAAGAGCAGAUUUAAACUGUCAUAGAAUAGCCUUAUUCUUCUUUCAGCAAUAAUGGAUCAGAUAAUUGUAAACAGCUUUUAUAGAAACUGA